AUGAUUGGCCAACCAAAAAUCGUGACUUGUACUCGAAUCCCCAUACAGCGUGCCAAUAAAGAAGAAUCAGAUCCCAAACCAUCCAUUCCUCCUCCCCAAUCCAAUCACUCCCCUUAUUCAUCACAGUUGUCUCCACCAAAUUUGCUCUAUUCUGAAGAGUUUUCCCUAAUCACUGACCACAUCUCUUCUUCCCAUCGUCCUCGCUGGAAGCGAUACGACGAAACACGACUGCAGUGGCUGCUCUCGAAAGAAAAUGACAUGUCUAUCUCGUUCAAUCGCAAAGUACUUCUUUUUUCUCUCCCUCUUUUCCCACAGAACCGAAUAAAACUUUUUGAUUGGCUCAUCGACGUCUCCACUGAAUUCGACAUUUCCACCGAGACCACUUUACUCGCCUUCUCCCUCAUCGACGCGUUCACCCAAACCACCACUCUUUCGACCUCCCAUCUGCAAUGUUUGGGCUCCGCCGCGCUGCGUUUGGCCUCCAAAUUCACCUACAGCCCAUGUCCGAGCUGCAAGGGUUGA